AUGGUGGAUAAGGUGAUGAUGUAUAAUAAACAUCAAAAAUACCAACAACAGCAGCAAAAACUACUACCAGCUAAAGCAAAGUUAAAGCAGCAGCAACAACAACAACAAUUGAAAUGUAUAAACAAAACUCCUCAACUGGAGCUCAGAGAGAAGAGGGAGUUGUCAGAAAAAGCUGAAUUUUAUUACACAUUAAGUACAAAAAGUACUAAAACAACAACAUCAACAACAGCAUGUCUUAACGACAUUGUUGGUAGUAGUUGCUGUAAUAGUAUUAGUGUUCAAAAUUAUCUUUAUCAACAUCACAGGGGUCUUAAGAGAAGAUCAGAAAGAGGAGGAGGUGGCGCUGUUGGUGUUGGUGGUAGUUUGUAUUUGCGGCUUGUGUUGGUGGUAUUUAUGUUGUUAUUAUGUGGAGGCAUUAGUAAUAGCAAUAGCAACACCAGCACAAAUAACAACAACAACAAUAAUAACGAAUCAUUAUUAAAUGAUGGCGAAAGUAUUAAAGCCACCAACAGCAACAAUAAUGAUAAUUUAAGUAGCAGCAGUAGUGAAGAUUUAUUAAAUUCCUCCGAAAUUUUAAAUGAAUCAGAAGUCUCAUAA